ACCCCUGCCUUACAUAAUGGCGUUUUGUUAAUGGCGUAAAGGUGUUCAAGAAUCUCGAAUAAAAAAGAAACUUGUAAACGCCACUAUUUGCCGUUUUUCGUUCGUCGUAGUGACCGCAAUGUCCAAAGGGGGCAAAUUCAACAAACCAACAUGGAAAAGUCAAUACAGCGAACACGAUUUUCGUGGCGGUGGCGAUACCCGAAAAGUAAUUUUCAAGACGAAUAAACACAAAAAGGAUAACAGAGACUGGGUGUCGGCGGGCAGAUCCUACCUCCAAGAUGAAGACAUCGACAUGGGGGGCUCCUCUGGGGGCGGGCGCUACUCGAAGAAGUUCUACAAAAGAGACAAGAAGCGGGGCACGCCGCCCCCUAACCACAAACGCAGGUUAAUGGAAGGCCCCAUGAGCUGGUUUCGUGUAACGUUGCCGUUUGGAAACAAGUACGAGAAGUCGUUCGUCCUGAAGACGCUUUUAGAUAAAAUCCAGCCGCUGCCGCUGUGGCCGAUCACGUGGAAAGUGAACGGGCACGUAGUGACGUUCUUCGUCGACGAUUUCAAAGUGGCGGAGAAGCUGAACGACCUCGAUCGCCAGAUUCAGAUGCCCGAUGGGUUCAAGUUGUUGGUGAAGGUGCACAAUGGGAUACCCAACGUGGAUGUGAACGAGGAUUUGAAGGAGAAGAUUAAGCUCACGAUGGCGAAGAGAUACAACGCGCCGAAUAAAGCGUUGGACUUGACAAAGUUUCAUGCAGAUCCUGAUUUGCAGGAUGUUUUUUGUGCGCUGUUUAAGCCGGUCGUGUUUUUGACUGUGGUGGAAAUCAUAGCGGAGAAUAUUCCUGAAAUUGAGGCCAUUAAUUUGUUUGAUAAUAAAAUCGCUAAUUUGUCGUUCUUAAAGAAGGUUAAGGAGAAGCUGCCACAUUUGAAGAUUUUACACAUAGGGAAUAAUAAGUUUAGGGAUAUUUCAAUGUUGGACCCUUUCAUUGGAUUACCGAUUGUUGAUAUAGUGUUGAAUGGGAAUCCACUGUGUUCCAAGUACAAGGAUCAGGAAGCCUACAUCGGUGAAGUCCGCAAGCGCUUCCCGAAAGUAAUGAAACUGGACGGAAUCGAUCUACCUCCUCCAAUCAGUUUCGAUAUAUCCGAAGAAGUCCACCUGCCGCCAAACCUACAAACUUUCUUGGUCAGUCAAGACGGCGAAUCCAUCGUGCGCCAAUUCCUCGAACAGUAUUUUACCAUUUUCGAUUCGGAGAACCGGCAGCCGCUGCUGCAGGCGUACCACGAAAGCGCCUUGAUGUCGAUGACGAUGUCGUACCCGUAUGGGCAGAGAGAUAAGAGCGGCAGCUGGCUGAACUGGUACACGACGGAUAACAGGAAUAUAAUGAAAGUGCAGGACCCGGAGCGGAGGCAGAGGUUGCUCAAGCAGGGGCACGUGGCGGUGGUGCAGUUCCUACAGGAGAUGCCGCAAACGAAGCACGAUAUACACAGCUUCACGGUGGAUUUGGUGAUUUUUACGCCGCAAAUGAUCGUGCUGACGGUCACGGGGAUGUACAAAGAAUUGAAAACCGGGCACAAGGUGCCGCCGACGAGGUCGUUCUUCCGGACGCUGGUGAUAGUACCGGCGGGUACUGGGUUUUGUAUAAGCAACGAGACGUUGCACGUCACGAACGCGACGGAGGACCAGGCGAAGAACUUGUUUAAAAUCGUGGUACCGGCGGUGCCCGCGGCAGCACCGUCUGCGCCUGCGCUGGACGACAGCACGAAGCAGCAGAUGAUCGGGGCGAUGUCCGAGCAAUCAGGGAUGAACAUAGAGUGGUCGAGGAGGUGCCUGGAGGAGACCCAGUGGGACUACACGAGGGCAGUGGGGGCCUUCACCGACGCGCAGAAACAAGGACUAAUUCCACCUGAAGCAUUCGUAAAAUAGGCCUACUUUAUGUUAAUACUUUUAUAAACCUCUAUGUUAUUUCUUUUAAGCCAUCGAGUACUUUUUUAUUGUGUAAAUAUUUUCUAUUGUUGUGGCUGUACAUAGGUGAAUCAUAAGUUUGAACGGCGUUAGCGUUAUUUUUUUAAUAAAUAUUUAUGAAAGUG